CAGAAAUUCAACAACGACUUCUUUUGCAGUGUCAAACGAUCUCUGGUCUGUGAAAUAUACUCCUUGAUUUACAGAAAGAAGGACGUACAAUCCAGACUGGUAGGAAUAUAUUUACGCACUCAUCAAAGUUCAUCCACGGGGGUUUUUUUCUGCGUGUUUAAUCUACAGCCGGGGCAGGACGAGUUGCGCGCCAGUAACAGACGUUAAGCGUAACCGAGACUCGAACCGAACAGCCAUGGCAGAGCUAACUCAUAUGAUAGACAGCGAGGUGUUCCUGGCCUUCUCUACCUACGCCACUGUCGUCGUCCUCAAGAUGAUGCUGAUGUCUCCUAUGACUGCAUACUUCCGCUUCACGAGAAAGUGUUUUGCCAACAUGGAAGACACAGGGAUGGCUAAGACUCCAGAGGACAAGAAGAGGAUGCUGAGAGUUGACCCGGAUGUGGAACGUGUGAGAAGAUGCCACCAGAACGACCUGGAGAACAUCAUUCCGUUCGUAGUGAUUGGUCUGCUGUAUACCCUGACGGGGCCAGACCUCUCCACUGCUCUGCUCCACUUCCGGGUGUUUGUUGGUUCCAGGCUCUUCCACACGGUGGCCUACGUCCUCCCCCUGCCCCAGCCCAGCAGAGGUCUAGCUUGGAUGGUUGGCAUGGGCGCUACCUUCUCCAUGGCAUACAGAGUGCUAAGCUCAACGCAUCUCUGAAGAGGCGAUCAAUCAAUUAAUAAUUAAUCAGAUUGAUUGAUUCAAAGUUUUCAGAUGGCCUAAAAUAGUCCUCGGGACACUCUACCUCUGAGGAGACACUCACACAUUUAUUAGACCUGGGUCAAAUAGGCUACAUAAUGUUAAAUACGUUUGAGAGUGCUUGAUUGUACUUGGAGUUUGCACUUCUGGGACGAUUCUAUUGGUUCUGUUGUAUCAGGCAGACUAACUAUACAUUCUCUGCACGUUUUGUUUUUAACUCACCACUGAAUUUGAUCUGUGCAACAAAAAAAAAAGUAUUAAUAUCAGCAAAAAAUAAUUAAACUAAACGUAGGGCUCGAUUCAAUCUAUUUCACGGAAGGUCAGUGCUAGCGCGCAGUAGACAUUAAACGGCAACGUUCUCGCGGAAACUCCAUUCAAGGUAAACGCUGCAUACAUUCGGAAACUCCAUUCAAGGUAAACGCUGCAUACAUUCGGAAACUCCAUUUAACAUUUCAAGUGCGCUAGAGCGCGGACUUUAGGCGAUACGGAUUGAAUGGAGCCCUGAACUAAAAUCAAGUGUAGUUCAGUAUCCGAUACCGCAUGUAAUCUGGCUAUUUUUACCCACAUCAAAUCACCAGUUUAUUCGUCGCGUACACAGAUUUGCAGAUGUUAUCGCAUGUGCUGUAAAAUGAUAGUGUUGCUAGGUCCAAUAGUGCAGUCAUACCGAGCAAUGCAUUAAAAAUAAAUAAAACAUACACACAUGACCCGGUCUGUCUGGUUGUCUGACACACAGCCCUACAGACCCGGUCUGUCUGGUUGUCUGACACACAGCCCUACAGACCCGGUCUGUCUGGUUGUCUGACACACAGCCCUACAGACCCGGUCUGUCUGGUUGUCUGACACACAGCCCUACAGACCCGGUCUGUCUGGUUGUCUGACACACAGCCCUACAGACCCGGUCUGUCUGGUUGUCUGACUGACUGCAAACACCUAUUUUAUAUCUUAGACAUUUUUUUUGCAUCUGAUGUGAUAAUCUAAUGUUUAUAAAUUAUUAAAUUCGGGUUUUGGGAAUUAAAGUUGAAUUAAAAAUGUGUGUGGCGGGGAUUAUUGUUUGAUUUUAAUUGAAAUAGGGCCUUUGAAGUAGGCUACAAAUACCAGAGAUAUUUUGCUAAUUGGCUAAUGAAUAUGACCUUAUACUUGAUCUAAUUCUGUAUCUUUUUAAAUUCUGUAUAUGGUUUUAGAUCUACAUAUGAUAUGAUAUGUUUACUAGGCCACGUAUCUGUAAUGCUACUGAUUGGUUUGCUUUGUUCGUUCCAUUUUCUAAGCCAAUCAGGGAUUGUCCCUUUUUUAAUGCUUUCCACCUGUAAAUAAACGAACGAUCUCUA